GUUCUGUAAAAAAAAAGUCUUUAACUUUUAGGGCUCAGCACAUAAUUAAUCUUCGUAAGGUUAAGUAGCAUCACAUUUCACUAUUUCACUUGGCUCAGUUGCAAAGGUCGGUUGCUAGAAGUAAAAAAUGACUUGAUAGCUUUAAUCAGUGAAAACAACUGGCAGACCCCUUAGGUAGAGACAGAACAAGCCUUUCCUAUCUGGAGAUGGAAGUCAAGGGGGCAACAUCUGUGCCUAGAAAGCAGACAGUACAGUAGGCGGCCUCUGAGGUUGAUUUUAAAGAGUUAAAACCAUCAAGUACUGUAUUGCUAGAAAGGAUGGGAGGAGAGGAGACGCCCAGAGGAACUUCCUCUUCCGGAUGACUGCAUGGGAGGAAAGUGGUGCGCAGAGUGGCUCCUGUGGUCUUCCCAGGGUCGAAGCAGCAGCUGGCGGAACUUCUGCUCUGGCUGCUAGACCUUCGUGGUUGGAAGACUCUCCUUUUGGGGGCCACUGCCAUCAUCAUCAUGAGAAUCCUCUGCUGCCUCCACAGGUGUAUUUUCCCUUGUCUCAAUAGCCUGCAAAAAUCACCUCCCAUUUCAAUAGACCCCAAGUAAAGAUGCCAGACAAAGAGGAUGGCAAUAAGAACACUCGGGACAACUGUAAAUAACAAACACUGUUGAAAAGGGAAGAAAAUCAAGCCAGAAAUCAAAUAUUUUCCAUUUCCUUCAGAAAACUACACAAUUCUCCUCUUCCAACAGCUGUUAGACAAAAGAGAGAAAAUGAAGAAAGAAUAAACAGAUUAUGCAGAACUGAAGCAUACAUUACAUGAAAAGUGAAGGGAGAUUAUUUAUCCUUCAGCAAAAGAGGGAAAUAUCUGGAGGUCAGUGGAGAGGAAAAGGUCAAUAGUAAAGUCAUGUAGAGCAGACAGUAAUUCAGGCCUCUCCCUGUGAGGAAGAAAACGGCUUGAAUGAAAGCACCACUAAACAAGGCAUUGUCCAUAUUUUAUCUUCUCAAGAAUAUCAUCUGUGGAAAAGCUCCAUAGAUUUGUCUAUUGGUGGGAAAAGCACAGAUUGCAAGUCGCAGCUGAUGAUGCACAAGAGGAGCCAGAGAGGAGAAAAACCAUAAAAAUUACCUGAUUGUGGCAAAAGCUUUGGUCACAACAGCUUCCUUGUGGUUCAUGGAAGCACCCAGACACAAGAGGGAAGCCACAAAAGUGCUCCCAAUGUAGUAAAUGCUUUAGUGAGCAUGGCAACAUGGUGCUACAUCAGAUAACUCACAGGAGGAAGAAAACGUAUGACUGUGCAGAUUGUUUGAAAGUUUCAUUAGAAAUUCCCAGGUCAUGAGACACUAAACACAGGAAUAAAAACCAUUUGAACAUCCUUUCUGUGGGAAAAGUUUCAGUGAGAAUUCCAUCCUGGUGAAGCACCAGAGAACUCACACGGAAGAGAAAACCUUUGAAUGUCCUGAUUAUGGGAAAGUCACAAUUCCAGCCUGGUGAUACACCAGAAGACUCACAUAGGACAGAAAUGUUUUGAAUGUCCUGAUUGUUGGAAAACAUUCAGUUAUAAUUCCAACUUGGUGAUAGACCAGAGGAAUCAUAAAGGAGAAAAACCCGUUCAAUAUACUGACUGUGGGAGAAGUUCCAGUUCGUAAUUCCCACCUGCCAAUACAUCAGAGGAUUCAUUCCAUGGAGAAAUCUUAUGAAUGUCGAGAUUGUGGGAAAGCUUUCAUUACAAAUUCGCACCUCCUGAGACACAAGACCAUGCACACAGGAGAGAAACCAUUUGAAUGCCCUAUCUGUGGGAAAGGUUUUAAUCAGAAUUCCCACCUAGUGAAACACCAGAGGACGCACACAGGAGAGAAACCCUUUGAAUGUCCUGAUUGUGGGAAAGGUUUUAGUGAUAAUUCCAGCCUGGUGACACAUCAGAGGAUUCAAUCCAUGGAGAAAUCUUAUGAAUGUCGAGAUUGUGGGAAAGCUUUCAUUACAAAUUCGCACCUCCUGAGACACAAGACCAUGCACACAGGAGAGAAACCAUUUGAAUGCCCUAUCUGUGGGAAAGGUUUUAAUCAGAAUUCCCACCUGGUGGCACACCAGAGGACUCACACAGGAGAGAAACCCUUUGAAUGUCCUGAUUGUGGGAAAAGUUUCAGUCAGAAUUCCAACCUGGUGAGACACCAGAGGAGUCACACAGGAGAGAAACCCUUUGAAUGUCCUAUCUGUGAGAAAGGUUUUAAUGAUAAUUCCCACCUGGUGAUACACCAGAGGACUCAUACAGGAGAGAAACCCUUUGAAUGUCCUGAUUGUGGGAAAGGUUUUAGAGAUAAUUUCCACCUGGUGAGACAUCAGAGGAGUCACACAGGAGAGAAACCCUUUGAAUGUCCUGAUUGUGGGAAAGGUUUUAGAGAUAAUUUCCACCUGGUGAGACAUCAGAGGAGUCACACAGGAGAGAAACCCUUUGAAUGUCCUGAUUGUGGCAAAGGUUUUACUGAUAAUUCCAGCCUGCUGAGACACCAGAGGACUCACACAGGAGAGAAACCCUUUGAAUGUCCUAUCUGUGGGAAAGGUUUUAAUGAUAAUUACAGCCUGGUGAGACACCAGAGGACUCACACAGGAGAGAAACCCUUUGAAUCUCCUGAUUGUGGGAAAUGUUACAGUCAGAAUUCCCACCUGGUUACACACCAGAGGACUCACACAGGAGAGAAACCCUUUGAAUGUCCUGAUUGUGGGAAAGAUUUUAGAGAUAAUUCCCAGCUAGUGAUACACCAUAGGACUCACACAGGAGAGAAGCCCUUUGAAUGUCUUGACUGUGGAAAAUGUUACAGUCAGAAUUCCCACCUGGUUACACACCAGAGGACUCACAGAUGAGAGAAAACCUUGAAUGUCCUAUCUGUAGGAAAAGUUUCAGUCAGAAUUCCUACCUAAUGAUACACCAGAGAUUUUACACUGUGGAGAAAUGUUUGAAAUGUCCAGUCUGUGGACAUUACUUCAAGCAUAAAUCAUCCCUUAUUGCACACAAGGUAAUCCAUAUGAGGAAUAGUAGAUGAGUUUACAGAAUGCUUGAAUUUCAUUUAUGAUCUCCCAUUGAAAGUAUAGGUGAGAAAUUGUUUGAAUUUUGGCCUGAUUCAUUUUACUGAAACGUUUCUCAGGAUUAAAUGUGUAGGUGGAGAGAAAAGGAAAAUGGAAAUGGCUAAUUACCAUUUUCAGUGGGCCCUGGAUUCAUCCCUGUUGUGAACUGUGGUAAUGGCGCAACGCACACACGGCAUCCUGCCCCAAGCAUAACAUACACAGAUAUGACUCACAUUCUUCUCUGCCUUCUCAGAAGGGAAGCAAGAGUGAAAGAAAAUGCAGUCUAGUGGAAAUGCACUUAGAGGAGUUUAGCCAAAAGGAAAAGGAUAACUGAUGGUAGCUGUUUAAAACAUUAUUUCCUCCACACACAAAAAAUCCUCCAGAAGUUAAAAGUGUUUUAAUCAGCUGAGAAAC